AUCUCCUUAUUACUUGUCUUGCACCCCAAACAAUUCUAGAAGCUUGAGUCUUGCGCAUGUCCAAGUCACCGCCUCUACGCGCGCCGCCCUCGGCUUUCCUAUUCCUCGGCGCGCGAGGCAUCGCGCGCCUUGCCUGCUUCGCACGCGCACGUCCCUGCCUCGCCUAGUCCCGUGCGGACUAGGCUUCGUCCGUCUGCCUCGCAUGCACACGCCAUUCCUAUUCCUUGUAGGACCAUGCUUCGAGCCUAUAUCAUCUAUUCCUAUUCCUACUAGGAAUAUGCUCCCGGUUACGUUUCCUGAUCUUCCGAGGAUUACUCCCGUCAUCGAUCUCCCACGCGCGUUCCGGCACUCAACUGCUUUUCCUAUACCUGCGAGGAUUAGUAUUCGUGCCUUGCCUAUUCCUACAAGGAUUAGGCUUGUCAGCUCGUUCUUGCACUGUGCCUUGCACGUGUCACCGUGUGUCCCGCGCUCGUCGUCCAGCACUCCUAUGCCUACGCGGUCUAGGCCAUCGCCCGCGUCACCUCCACUCGCUUGCCUAGCGCACCCCGCCUGCUUUCCAUGCGACGCCCAGCGCGUUCCGCCAAUGCUCGUGCUCGGAUCGCCUACUGCGUACACCCGUGCACCCCACGCCAUCCGCGUGUCGCUCCACCCCUCGCACCCACCCUCUCACUUGCUCGUCCUCUCGCGCGCAUCAAAUCCCGAUGCCUCGUACCCGUCUGUUAGGCCAUGCAUGCGUCGUUUUGGACCCAUUAUCAGCCUCAUCGGGUCAUCUCGACUGUUGGCCCUUUUUGUCGUCGGUGGUCAAAACCCACUCACGCAUCAGUUGUCCGUCUCGUACGCGCGCGCCAUCGCGCUGAUGACGGAUCGUGUUGUUAUCUAUAUGUGGGUUGUGAAUAAACGUGCACUAGGGCCUUCAUUUAUCCACGAUAGGUUUCGUGCUGCUACUGCUAUCGAUCCUCUCGAGGUGAGUUUGGCCUCGGGACGAAAGAUAGUGACUUCAGCUAAAGCCUCAGAUCUUAGCCUUUCCAUCGGUGGCCGAGUUUUGCCUACCGACGCAUUUGUUCUCGAGAUGAAGGACUUCGACCUUAUUCUCGGAAUGGAUUGGCUAUCCUUUUAUCAUGCAGAUAUCAAAUGUCGCAAUCGGGAGAUUACUCUCUAUCUUCCGGAAGACGAGUCGAUCACUUUCUUCAGCUCCAGAAACCGUUCUUUGCCUCAGGUUGUUUCUAUGGCGAAAGCCACUAAGUUGCUGCGACGAGGCAACUACCAGGGUUAUCUGGUGAGCCUUGUCGAUUCUCAGAAAGCGCAUUCACCUCACGAUGUUCCAGUCGUUCGAGAGUUUGUGGACGUAUUCCCAGACGAGCUUCCAGGAGGACCGCCCGACCGUCAGGUGGAGUUUUCUAUCGAUCUCAUCCCAGGGGCUGGUCCGAUAUCCAAAGCCCCGUACCGUAUGGCUCCUAAGGAGUUGCAGGAGCUUAAGGCGCAGAUUCAGGAGUUGUUGCGACUCGGUUUCAUCCGACCGAGUGUGUCACCUUGGGGAGCACCCGUUCUCUUUGUUAAGAAGAAGGACAGAUCCAUGCGCAUGUGCAUCGACUACCGGGAUCUUAACCGGUUGACGAUCAAGAACAAGUACCCGCUUCCCAGGAUCGAUGACUUAUUUGAUCAGCUAAGGGGAGCCUGUGUGUUCUCGAAGAUUGAUCUUCGAUCAGGCUACCACCAGCUGAAGAUCAAGGAGUCAGAUAUCGCUAAGACCGCUUUCAGGACUCGUUACGGCCAUUACGAGUUCGUAGUCAUGCCUUUCGGUCUCAGCAAUGCGCCAGCAGUUUUCAUGGAUCUCAUGAACCGUAUUUUCUAUUCCUACCUCGAUCAGUUUGUUAUUGUCUUUAUUGACGAUAUUCUUGUCUACUCGAAGAGCCAGAGGGAGCACGAGGAGCAUCUGAGGGUGGUUCUUGAAACCCUCAGACGAGAAAAGUUGUUUGCGAAAUUCUCCAAAUGCGAGUUCUGGCUUCAGCGAGUAUACUUUCUGGGUCAUAUGAUUACUCAGACAGGUAUCGAGGUGGAUCCAUCUAAAGUUUCAGCUGUUCAGAAUUGGUCAGCACCGAGGAGUCCGACUGAGGUUCGCAGUUUUCUCGGUCUAGCUGGAUACUAUCGAAGGUUCAUCGAGGGCUUUUCCAAGAUUGCCCUCCCUCUAUCCCAGCUGACGAGGAAGUCUGUGAAGUUCGAGUGGACUGACAGAUGUGAGUCGAGCUUUCAGGAGCUCAAGAGGAGAUUAACUUCAGUACCGGUGUUGACUAUUCCCGAUCCUUCUCGGAGUUUCACCAUUUUCAGUGAUGCUUCGAAGCAAGGCUUGGGAUGUGUCCUUAUGCAGGACGGCCAGGUCGUUGCGUAUGCUUCCCGUCAGCUUAAGCCGCAUGAGCAGAAUUAUCCGACGCACGACUUGGAGUUAGCAGCAGUCGUUCAUGCUCUCAAGAUUUGGCGACACUAUCUUUACGGCGGUCACUGUGAGAUUUUCACAGAUCAUAAGAGCCUGCAGUAUAUCGUUACUCAGAAGGAGCUCAACAUGAGACAGCGCCGUUGGUUAGAGCUCAUCAAGGAUUACGACUGCUCUAUUCAGUACCAUCUGGGAAAGGCGAACGUCGUUGCAGAUGCCCUAAGCCGUCAGGUGAAGG